AUGGAGAAAAAUUCCGGCGAGACUUCUUCAGUCUGGGUGAUUCUAAGAACCGAUACUUGGGGAAUAUGGUACAACAAUAUUCCUACUCAAACUGUUGUCUGGGUGGCCAACAGAAAUCAUCCGCUGCUCAAUGAUUCAUCGGGUGUGCUCAAGAUUGGGGAUGAUGGAAAUUUGAUCCUCCUGGACGAUCAUACAGGAAGUGUCAUAUGGUCUACUAAAAUCCCAGAACCCUUGUCAUCAAAAACUACUUUUGCGCAGCUCUUGGACUCUGGAAAUGAGAGCGUUGGGAACACGGAAAGCUAUCUUUGGCAAAGCUUUGACCAUCCUUCUGAUACAAUGUUAGCGGGAAUGAAGCUAGGAUGUGACUUGAGAAUGGGUUUAAAUCGGUAUCUAACAUCGUGGAAGAGCACAGAUGAUCCUUCUCCAGGAGAAUUCUCUUUUGGUAUUGAUCUUCAUGGACUUCCACAAGGAGUCCUUUACAAGAAUUCUAUGAAAAAGUUUCGCAGUGGGCCUUGGAAUGGACAACAAUUUGGUGGAGCUAGAGUCAAAUCCAACCCCGUCUUCGACUAA